AUGGAUAAGCGCAAAGCUGCUCAUAUACAAGCAACCGCCUCCUCGCCUACACCCGACGUUGAUGAUCGAGCGAGGAAACGAAGAAAGCAAUCUACUGUGCAGCAGAAUGGAUCUGAUUGUACGGGAAAGUCUGCACAGGCUUUGGGCCAAGGUUUGCUGGAUGCGAUUAUGAACCAUCAGGAGAGGAAUCGACACAUCCGUCAACAUUUCGAGAAGCUCCCCAACCAAGCGGAUUAUCCUGACUAUUACCAAAAAAUCAAAAACCCAAUCUCCCUGCAUGAGAUCCAGACCAAGCUCAACAACAAUCAUUACGCUACACUGCAAGAUGUUGAGGCCGACCUUCUGCUCAUGUGUCAAAAUGCCGCCACAUACAAUAAGCCUAAGAGCCAGGUUCACAGCGAUUCUAUCCGAGUUAAAAAUGUCAUUGAUGCAUAUAUGGUGGAAGUCUCAAAGUCAAAGGAGGCAAAGAAAGAGGCCGACAAUACACCAGCGGGUAGAGCGAUCAGAGGUAGAGGGACCCAGACGCUGCAGCAGGCGAUGAUGGGUGUUGUUGAGGAUAUGAUGGCCUUGGUGGACGAAGCAGGCGAGCCCGUGGCCCACUAUUUCCUCAACCUCCCCAGCAAAAAGCUUUAUGGCGAAUAUUUUCGCAUCAUCAAACAGCCGAUCUCACUCAAUAUGAUCAAGAAGAAGGUUACACAGGGCGAGUACACCAGAUGGGCCGAUUUUGAGAACGCAGUCGCAUUGAUUAAGAAGAACGCUGAGGAGUUCAAUGACGAGGGAAGCGAUAUUGUUAAGGAUGCGCGCAAGUUGAAUGCAUACUUCGUAAAGCGCCUAGCAGAAGGAAAAGCAAAGGUUGGAGACGCUCCAAGCGUAACAAACGGCGCUCCCAGCGGUAUAAAACUGCGCAUAAAUGUUGGCGGUCACCGCGCCCAAUCACCACAGAAGCCACAUGCACAAGAGACAUCAGGGCCAAAAAUUAGACUCAACGUUGGAAAGACAGCCGCCGCACAGCAAACACCCAAAGUCAGGGCUCCUUCAAGCUCCCCGGCGGCGCCAUCUGUGUCACCUAUCACCAAUGGCAACUCCACGUCAAGCAGUCCAUCAAAACAAACGAGCAAUGGAAAUGUAUCACCGAAGAAAGCGCCCAGUCCUCCCACGCCCACCCCUGUUGUACUCCCACCCCCCGUAGUCCCAGUGGCAGCUCCGACCCCAACAGCUCCUGUUGCCGCGACAUCAUUACCAGUCGGGGGUUUGGCCCCCAUACCAGUUAGAAUAACUAGGUCCCGGACUCCCGAGAAACCAGAGUUGGGGCGGUCGGGUUCUCCACACAAUGAAACUAUUACACUUCGUGCGAAUUCCAUGACACGGACGCCAAGGUCUCAACAGAUGAGUCCUCCAGCCCCGGGAUCAAUGCCCCCGCCUCCGCAGAGAUUGAGUAUCACACCGGCACCACAGAGCCCAAUACCGUUGAAUGUUCCGGUUCCGGCACCACCGACUCAUCGUGUGGGGGGCUAUGAUGAGCCAAAGUAUCGUGCCGAGGGGAAAGACGCUUCGAGUGCGCUGAUUACAAACCUUCGUGUUACAUCGGUAUCAGCGACUUCUGGGGAGGUCAAGUAUACGAGAGACUUCUCCCCCGAUGAUCAUAAAUUGACUUCCCAGUUCUUUAUACAUCUUCCGGCGGAUUGUCAAGCUAUUGUAAUCACGCCCACGCUCUCUACUGGCCUUUCGGGCCGGCAGCAUAAAUUUAAUGUGGAGCACAAAGUGAACAACAACGCUGCCAAGCAGAUCCCUAUGUGGAACACACAGCUCAAAAAGAAGGAGGAGCUUGCCUAUGAAGUGAGACUCAACCCAGGCGCAGUCAAUACCAUUGAUUGUGCGGCCAUCGCCGCAGCAAGGAGUGGGAUGGUUAACGGUAGUGGAGGGGGUGGGAGCCCAGCGGGCAUGUGGGAGUUAGAGAGAUUUCGGUUGUUUGUCAGCUUGCUGCCUAAUUAG